AUGAGUGAUCAAGAUUUUCAUCUAAAUAAAUACAGAGAACUGCGAAGUAUCUAUAAAUGCCACAUCGAGUCAUAUAUUGCGUUAUUUCAAUUAAGAACGAACAAUGAAGAAGAAUUAAACUCAAUUUACAAAAUGAUAAAAACAGAAUUGAUUGAUUCAAAGAAAUAUCUCCCUCAAAUUAUUAUAAAAGAAAUUUUGAGUAUCAUUCCGUAUAAUAAUCGCUACAUAAAGUCAUAUCUGAUGCUUGCCAAACACAUAUCAGAUGAUUAUCAUAUUACAGAGGUCAGAAAAAUUCCAAUUAUCUCCAACUUUCUAUUUAAUGAAGAAUACGGGAUUCAAUUAGACAAAUUUCAUGAUUUCGAAGAUAUUAAUUCAGAAAAUCUAAAAAUUCAUUCCGAAAAUACGAUUUACAAAGCAAUUAUGGAUGACGAUAAAGACGAGUUCAUCUCUUUCACAAUGAAAGAAGGAUUUGAUAUAAAUCAAAAGCUUCGAAGCAAAUUAUAUCCAGAACAUAAUCAUUAUUAUAAAGGAUUGUCAUUACUCGAAUUAUGCUGUUAUCAUGGAGCCGUUAAUUGUUUUAAUUACUUAAGAACAAUGUUUGACGCAUAUAUAACUGUAACAUGCAUUAAUUUUUCAUUUUUAGGAGGAAAUGCAGAGAUAAUAAUUGAAUGUUUGAAAUAUCAAAAACCAGAUGAAAAUAGUAUGGAAUACGCAAUUAUUUCACACAAUAUUGACUUUGUUACAUUCUUGAUGAAUGAAUAUAAUAUUGAGAUCGAUUUAUCAUAUUGUGGAAAAUAUAAUAAUCUUGAUUCUUUUUUUGUUUAUUUUGAACAAACAAAUGAUAUUAACAAAUGCUUUACUUUUUCAAUUGUUUUUGAUAUACCUUCUCUUUGUGAGUAUUUCCUUUCACUUGGGGCAAAUAUUGAUGAGAAGGAUCAAAAGGGAAAUACAGUUCUUCAUAUAGCAGCAGAGGAUAAGAGCUUAAAACUAAUUGAAUUAAUACUUUCAAAAAUAACAAAUGUCGAUGCAAAAAACAAAUACGGUUACACAGCUCUUCAUAAUGCCACAUGGAGAAAUAGGAAAGAAGUUGUUGAAUUACUUCUUUCAUAUAAUGCAAAUGUCAAUGAGAAAGAUUAUGAUAGAGAAACCGCUCUUCAUAUUGCAGCAGCGAGAAAUAGUAAAGAAAUAAUCAAACUGCUUAUUUCACACGGUGCAAAUGUCAAUGAAACGGAUGAUGAAGGUCAAAUUCCUCUCCACAAAGCAGCAUAUAAUAACGCUAAAGAAGUGAUUGAACAGCUUAUUUUUUACCGAUCACAUAUCAAUGAGAAAGAUAACAAUGGAAGCACAGCUCUUCAUCAUGCAACCAGCCGUAAUAAUAAAGAAGCAAUUGAAGUUCUUCUUUCAUAUGGUGCAAAAAUUGAUGAAAAAGACUAUUACGGAGAAACUGCUCUUAUUAUUGCCGCGUGGAGAAAUCAGAAAGAAAUAGUUGAAUUACUUCUUUCACACGGUGCCAAUGCCAAUAUAAAAGAUAACAAUGGAAGCACAGCUCUUCAUCAUGCAACCAGCCGUAAUAAUAAAGAAGCAAUUGAAGUUCUUCUUUCAUAUGGUGCAAAAAUUGAUGAAAAAGACUAUUAUGGUUACACCGCUCUUAUUAUUGCCGCGUGGAGAAAUCAGAAAGAAAUAGUUGAAUUACUUCUUUCACACGGUGCCAAUGCCAAUAUAAAAGAUAAAAAAGGAAGAACAGCUCUUCAUCAUGCAUCAAUGGAAAAUAACAAAGAAAUAGCUGAGAUUCUGCUUUUACAUGGUGCAAUUGUAAGUGAAAAAGAUAUCUAUGGACAAACACCUUUUUAUUAUGCAUAUUGGAGUGGUGAAGACAAUGUCGACUAUCAUUCACAGAAUAAAAAUGACAAAUAUAGUGGAGGCCAAUAUUGGUAA